CCGGCUCUGAGCAGAGGCGGGACUUUGGAGGCAUCUGACGAGCGGGCGCGGCUCCUCGAGGGCGUCCCUGACCCAAGGGCAGCCCACGGCUCACCGGAGUUGUGUUUUCCUGAUCCGGCUCAAGCUGCCCCUCCUCCGGGACCCUCCCCUUCUCCGGGACCCGCCCCUCCGGAACGACCGGUCGCCGGCGGCGGCUGUGGAGACCUACAGGCUAGGCGCGAAAAGGUGGACAAGUCCUAUUUUCAAGAGAAGAUGACUUUUAACAGUUUUCAAGAAUCUAAAACUUGUAUACCUACAGACACCAAUAAGGAUGAAGAAUUUGUAGAAGAGCUUAGUAGAUUAAAAACAUUCGCUAAUUUUCCAAGUAGCAGUCCUGUUUCAGCAUCAACAUUGGCACGAGCAGGUUUUCUUUAUACUGGUGAAGGAGAUACCGUGCGGUGCUUUAGUUGUCAUGUGGCAGUAGAUAGAUGGCAGCAUGGAGACUCAGCAGUUGGAAGACACAGGAAAGUAUCCCCAAAUUGCAGAUUUAUCAGCGGCUUUUAUUUUGAAAAUAGUGCUGCCCAAUCUACAAAUCCUGGUGUCCAAAUUGGCCAGUACAAAGCUGAGCAGUGUUUGGGAAGCAGAAAUCAUCUUGGUCUAGACAGGCCAUCUGAGACUCAUGCAGAUUAUCUUUUGAGAACUGGACAGGUUGUAGAUCUGUCAGAUACCAUAUACCCGAGGAAUCCUGCCAUGUAUAGUGAAGAAGCUAGAUUGAAGUCAUUUCAGAACUGGCCAGACUACGCCCAUUUAACCCCCAGAGAGUUGGCUAGUGCUGGACUCUAUUACACAGGUAUUGGUGAUCAAGUGCAGUGCUUUUGUUGUGGUGGAAAACUGAAAAAUUGGGAGCCCUGUGAUCGUGCCUGGUCAGAACACAGACGACACUUUCCCAAUUGCUUCUUUGUUUUGGGCCGGAAUAUUCAUGUUCAAAGUGAAUCUGAUGUUGUAAGUUCUGAUAGGAAUUUUCCAUAUUCAACAAAUUCUCCAAGAAAUCCAGCCAUGGCAAAGUAUGAAGCACGGAUCAUUUCUUUUGGAACAUGGAUAUACCCAGUUAACAAGGAACAGCUAGCAAGAGCUGGAUUUUAUGCUUUAGGUGAGGGUGAUAAAGUGAAAUGCUUUCACUGUGGAGGAGGGCUAACGGGUUGGAAGCCCAGUGAAGACCCUUGGGAACAGCAUGCUAAGUGGUAUCCAGGGUGUAAAUAUCUAUUGGAUGAAAAAGGACAAGAAUAUAUAAAUAAUAUUCAUUUAAGACAAUCACUCGAGGAAUCUUUGGUAAGAACUGCUGAAAAUACACCAUCACUAACUAAAAGAAUUGAUGAUAUAGUCUUCCAAAAUCCUAUGGUACAAGAGGUAAUCCGAAUGGGAUUCAAUUUCAAGGACAUUAAGAAAGUAAUGGAGAAAAAAGUUGAAACAUCUGGGAGCAGCUAUGUAUCACUUGAGGUUCUGGUUGCAGAUCUAGUGAGCGCUCAGAAAGAGAAUUCAGAGGAUGAGUCAUGUGAGACUUCAUUGCAGAAAGGGAUUAGUACUGAAGAACAGCUAAGGCGCCUGCAAGAGGAGAAGAUUUGCAAAAUCUGUAUGGAUAGAACUAUUGCUGUAGUGUUUGUUCCUUGUGGCCAUCUGGUCACUUGUAAAGAAUGUGCUGAUGCUGUUAACAGAUGUCCCAUGUGCUACACAAUCAUUACGUUCAAGCAAAAAAUUUUCAUGUCUUAAUCCAGCGCCACAGUAGGCAUGUUAUGUUCUUAUUAAUCUAAUUGAAUGUGUGAUGGGAACGAUCUUUAAGUAAUCAGCAUUGAAUUCCAUUAGCAUCUACUCCCAAGUGGAAACAAACGGUAAUGGCACUGUUUCAGUCCGAAUUUUGAAUUUCUAGAUUUUUCGGGUUAUUACCUAUGUCAUUCAUUUAUCCAGUUUUUUUUAUUAUUUAGUCGAAACUCUACAGUAAGAAGCAUUUUAUAAGUGAUCACAAUGUGUAUGUGUACUACACUGACAGUUUCUAUGUCAUCUGCAUUUUUCAUUCCUUUUGGGUAAACUUAAUAAAUGGAGCAUUCUGUAUAAGUGUGGAGAUUAAUCUGGUCAGUCAUAUAACUUGUUUAGUGUGAACAAGGAAACACAACAGUGUUGAAAAGAUAGAUAUUAUUUUUAGAUGUUUGUGUUUUAGAAUUGUUUAAUUUCUUUUAAAAUUAUGCAUAUACUUGUGUGAAUGACCUUUUUUUAAGUGUUUUUGCCAUCUCCAAAAAGAUAUAUAAUGAUACACUACCAGUUAGCCUUCAUGUGCUGACAUGGAAAGAUGUCAAUGAUAGAUUAAGUAUAAAAUACAAGUGGCAAAACACUGUAUAGUUUGAGCCAAAUCAAAGUGUGUGUAUUUUGUAUCUGUAUAGGACAAAAAGAUUUGGGAAGAUAUGCACCAAACUGUUAAAUGUGUUUUUGUUUUCUUGAGGGGGGUGGGGGGAUGGGAGAGGGUCCUAGAGGGGCUUAUGGGGCCCUUCACUUUUUUCAUUUUGUUCUGUUUGAAUUUUUUAUAUGUAUGUAUUACUUUUAUAAUCAGAAUUUUUAGGAAGUAUUUUGCUGAUUUAAAGGCUUAGGCAUGUUCAAAUGUCUGCAAAACUACUUAUUGCUCAGUUUUAGUUUUUCUAAUCCUAAAAGGCAGGGACGUUAACCUUGUUGGUGCCAAUGUGAAAUGUAAAUGUUUUGUUUUACCUGCUUUGUGGAUGGAAAAUAUUUCUGAGUGGUAGUUUUCUGACAGGUAGACCAUGUCUUAUCUUGUUUCAAAAUAAAUAUUUCUGAUUUUGUAAAAUGAAAUAUAAAAUAUGUCUCAGAUCUUCCAAUCAAUUAGUAAGGAUUCAUCCUUAAUCCUUGCUAGUUUAAGCCUGCCUAAGUCACUUUACUAAAAGAUCUUUGUUAAUCCAGUAUUUUAAACACCUGUCUGCUUAUGUAGGUCAAAGUAGAAGCAUGUGUGUACACUGCUUGUAGUUUUAGUGGCCGCUUUCCUUGUUGAGAUUCUCAUGUCAUUUUGUAUCUUAAAAGUUUCAUGUGAGUUUUUACUGUUAGGUCAGUUAAGAUGUAUAUAGGACAAAAUUCUUAAGUCUUUAAUCGUUUUAUAUUUGUUUCUUGACUAGUAAUAGUAAUAAAUACUUUAAAAAUGUUUCCUCAAGAUCAUUAAAACCUCUUGGAAAGUAUAAAAUAUGACGAGUAGUUUAAAGAUUUUUUAAAGAACCUUUUAAGAGUCAAUAUGAAUAAAAAUGGAAGUUAAAAUGCUUCAUAGAACAUGCAGGAUUUACCUAAAAACAUUAUCAAGACAGACCUCUUGUAGAGACUGGUACAUUUUACUACAGAGAACAGUUUGGGAGUGAAACUGUUAAGAAUUAGAUUUUUGCUGUAUUUUCUAAGAGAAAGAGUAUUGUUAGGUUCUCCUAACCUGCUGAUUACUGUGGUAAAUGAUAUUAUAUUUAAAAUAUUCCAAAUUUAAAUAGGAAUUAGCAAAAUUAAAUAAUGACUGCAUUUUCCCCUCUUUUUUGGUAAAAAUCUUCAGUUCUUUUAUUGUCUUCUACUUAGUUUCAAUUCUGUAGUCAUUAAACUGAACUUACUCUAUAUUGGCUAAGGCUUAAAUUUACGUAUAAAGCAUUCUACAAGGGGACAAAAGUGUUAAUAUUUUUUCUAAAUGUUGUCCAGGAUACUUCAGCUCCAAGUCGUGUAGAUAUCUAAUCUAGUUGGCCAAGGACUCAAGGACUGAAUUGUUUUAGCAUAAAGCUUUUCCUGUUCUGGGAGCCUCAGUUUGUUAAAACUCUUCUUUUAAAACUUGUGUGCUUAGAGUUAAGCAAGACCUCCUUUUUUGUCUUCAUGAGUUGUGAAACUUAAUGCAUGAAGCUGAUGUAGCUAACAGGUUUAUUUUAAGAAUUGUUUAGAAACACUGUUGCUUCAGGUUAUUAAAAAUCACAACAGCACUCCAACUCGUAAUCAUAUUGUUGGAGAUUUACCAAAGUUGGUCUGUGAGCACACUACGAAAAAAACACUGGAUUUUUUCCAUAUUGCUAUGCAAAAAUUGAUCACUUUUAAGGUCAAAAAUACAAUCUGAAUCACCACCCCUGAAAGUUCUCAGUAACCACAUGUUCAUGUUUCCUUUUUUAUGUAAAGUUCACACUAGGAUUUUGAAUCACGACCUAUUUUACUCCAUAUUAGUCAUGUGAAGACUGAAGUUAUUUUGUAAUAGUUUAUUUUUUGUAAUAAUUUAGUGUUGAUCAAAAGCUUUUUCUUAAUUUUUGUGAAAGUGUUUAGCAUUAAUUUAGUAUAUAACAGUUUAUCAAUGGCUUUGUAUUGCUUUUUCUGCUAGAUUUGUUUUCCCCUUCCUUUAGUUCAGGGUGGAGGUGGAGUGUAGUAAGUGUGUAUAUGUUUUUUUUGUUAUACUAUUUACAUUUUGUAUUUUUUUCCAUUUUCAUUUUAGUGGAUAAAGUUUGUAUCUUGAAUUCUGAAUGGAAACUACCACCCCAGUAUUAACUGCAUAUCUUGUUCCCAUUAGACACAAAUCAUUAUUUUAUUUCUUAUUACCCAGGUACUGAGUAAGGAAAGAGGAGGAGAGGUUAGGAGAAAUUAGGUAGGUCAUAUGUCAUUACCAUUAGAGAAAGAAAGGAAUAUUUGAUAGAUAACAUUUUAUUCAAGUCUGCUCUUUUACAAAACAUAGCCAUCAGUGGAGGCGGGGAGUUCUUGCCACACAAGCUUCACAAUCUGAGUUUUGAUCUCCAGAACACACAUAAAAGCUGGACGAAAUAGCCCAAGCAUCUAUAAUCCCAGCAUGCCUACAGGAAACAUGA